ACAUCACGUAGCUUUGCUUAUAAGAAUCCCAGCAUUUGGCAUCUUCAAUAAAGCAGUUGUCCCUUGCUUUAUGAAUAUAUAUACUUAAUCCACUCCCAUUGCUUUUAUCCCCAUCGAACAACAGUUUUCAGUAUCCAAAUAUCCAAAUAGUCUCUUCCUCCUUUACUCCCUCUAAUUUUCUCCCCAAGUUUUCUAACAGUAUCAAGAUGAUCAGUGCUAAGAAGCUUAUUAAAUUGGCAAGGAAAUGGCAGAAACUGGCUGCCAUUAGGCGAAAAAGGAUCACAUCGUCCAGCACGAACUCCGGGGCUGUCGGCACACAUAGUUGCAGCACAUCAUCAACGGUUGAGAAGGGUCAUUUUGUUGUGUAUAGUGAUGAUCAGAAACGCUUCGUGCUUCCAUUGGAAUAUCUUGAGAAUGAAAUUGUCAGGGAGCUAUUCGCUUUGGCGGAAGAAGAAUUUGGACUACCAAGCAGUGGUCCUCUAACGGUGCCUUGUGAUGCAGCCUUUAUGGAAUAUGUAAUUACUUUGAUCAGAGGGCGACCCUCUAAAGAUGUGGAGAAAGCAUUGCUCACCUCCAUAGCUAGCAGCCGCUGCUCAUCUUCUUCAUAUGUUCAUCAACAAUCAACAACCCAACAAUUCUUAAUCUCCAGCUUCUAAAGCAAAAUGUUUCAAUUCUGUAAUCAAUCGAGCAGCUCUACUGUAUAUUUAAGGCAAUUAAGGAAAGAGAAAUUUUUUUCUUUAUA